AUGGCUUAUGGUGCUGGUUUGGUGGCAUAUAUUGCAAACAGCCCCGAGGAUGUUGCCGACUGCAGAAAAGCUUUUAACAUUGUCACACUAGCAGUGAUUAUUAACACCUUCCGCAACACUGUGGGCGGCAGUUUUGCUAUGCUUGAAUGGUAUAUCGUCUUUUCGCUGGUGGUCAUCAUACCGUCCGUUGUCGCGCUAGCUGUUGUGACCAAGGGUUGGACUGAGGACAAGAUUGGCUUCGGACUAUUUCUUUUAUGGUACGCGAUAUACCUCGGUUGUCAGCCAUGGCUGGCCUUUGGGACUCUACAUCAAGGAAGCAGGGCAAGUUGUGAUCCAAAAGCCGCCUUCGGGAACCUCUACAUGUGGCCAACGCUGGUCAAGCCCUUCUCAAUUGUGACAUGUUGCGCCGGGUUUUGUUUUCUCAUCCUGGCUUUACGCCUAGUCGUCUCGGGAUUCACCAAGGGCCUCAAUCCCCCAAAAAAGCACGAUAACACAAAAGACGACCCAGAUACUGCAAAUGGUUGGACUGAUACUAUAGAUCGGGGAACUGAGACCGCAACCUUCGAAGGAAAGAAGUGGCUCACUUUCAGAAUCGUGACAGGGCUCGCUGGAGUUUUUGGCCUUGUUUGCGUGCAACGGACGCUGCGAAGAAACAAAAUCGAGAUGGACGCCUCUCUGGCUGAUACUAGUCAACUUGUUCCUUUCCUUAUUGGACUAUUUACUCUUCUUUCCAGCAUAUGGUCUGUAAUCAAAAGGCGCAGAUCAAGAAAGAAAGAAGUGUGGGAUGGCUGCCCGGAGGCGUGGGAAUUGGAAAGCCAAUUGGGCCAGAUUGAGUCAGAAGAAGAGCAGCGCCACACACAUGUUCUGCAGCUCAACGCGCAGGAACAACAACUGCAGAAUUUACUUCUGAGGCUUGGAACAGACCAGGAAGAACUUCAAGAUGACCUUGUGCAACUUGAACGUGAAGAACAAGAGUUCAAAGCGCGACUUGAGCAAAUUACCGCGGAUGAGCAAGAUCUCCAAGAUCGAGUUCAACAGUCACAAGAACGGGUUGAGCGACUUACAGCAGACGAGCAAGAUCUCCAAGAGCGAGUUGAACAGUCACGAGAACGGCUUGAGCAACUUCAGAAUGAAGAACUCAACUGUAAGGUGCGCCUUGAACAGCUUGAAAGAGCUGAGAAGCAAUGUCGAGCAAAGCUCGACAUAUCUACGACAGUUCAGGGGGACUUUGAAGCACGAAUGGAGCAAAUCCGUUCGGAGGAGCAAGUACACGAGAGGAGACUUGAGGAGCUCAAAACAGAAAAGCAGGAAUGCAAAGCCCAGCUCGUGCAGUCCAACACAGAAGAGCUAAGUUCAAAUCACUAG